AACGUUCAAAAGUAUAUGUCUGAUAAACAGGAAGUGUUCAAAGUCUACACAUAUGAUCUCAGCUAGACAUUAUUGAUUAUCUAUAUGAAUGAAAACAGAUGUAUCAGAAGUGUGACCUUGGAUUAUAAGUGAUCUAGUACACAUUCAUAUCGGUAUUUUAUUGACCUCAUACAUCUAUAUAAAUUUGAUGUACAUAUUAAUUGUGUUAUCACAAAAUGUAUAUCGUAGUGAUUGUUCAACUGUUUAUUAACUUGAAUUAUGUUAGAACUUGGAAUGUGUACGGAUAUCUAGACUCACAGGUACCAGAACAAGUGCAUAUUGCUUUAGGAGAAAAACCAUCCACUAUAAGUAUUACAUGGGUUACACAAGAAAGUACAAAAAUUUCAACUGUACUCUAUGGUACUUGGCUGUUAAAUAUGAAAAGUACCGGUUACAUGAAAGAAUUUAUUGAUGGAGGACAUGAACAACGCAAAAUGUAUGUACACAGAGUGAUUGUAUCCGAUUUAAUUGGCAACACAGUGUAUUAUUAUAAAUGUGGUAGUUUAGAUGGUUGGUCACCUGUUUUACAAUUUCGUGCUCUUCCAUCACACCCAUAUUGGUCGCCUAGACUAGCAGUUUAUGGAGAUAUGGGAGCAGUUGAUGCAGUUUCAUUGCCUGAAUUAAUUCAUCAAGUCGAAGAUCUCGAUAGUUACGAUAUGGUUUUACAUGUUGGUGAUUUCGCUUAUAAUAUGGAUACAGAUAAUGCAAGAGUUGGUGAUCAGUUUAUGCGUAAUAUACAACCGAUUGCAUCGAAAAUUCCUUAUAUGACAUGUGUCGGUAAUCAUGAAGCUGCUUAUAAUUUCUCAAAUUACAAAGCAAGAUUCACAAUGCCUGGAGGUGAUGGUGAAUCACAAUUUUACAGUUUUAACAUUGGACCUGCACAUAUUGUCGCAUUCUCUAGUGAAUUAUAUUACUUUUUAUUUUAUGGAUGGAAAACUUUAGUGAUGCAAUAUGAUUGGUUAAUUAAAGAUUUAGAAGAAGCAAACAAACCGGAAAAUCGAAGAAAUCAUCCAUGGAUUAUUGUCAUAGGUCAUAGACCAAUGUAUUGUUCAAAUAAUUUCGAUCCGAUGCAUUGUGAUUUCGUUCACAAUAUUAUACGCACUGGAUUUGAUAUAUCACGUGAUCAUCACAAGAGCAUCUAUUUAAUGGGAUUGGAAAAUUUAUUUUAUAAGUAUGGUGUGGAUUUAAUCAUUGCUGGUCAUGAACACUCGUAUGAAAGAUUUUGGCCAGUUUAUAAUAGAACUGUUUGUAAUUCUACAACAAGUCAAAAUCCAUACAAAAAUCCAAAUGCUCCAGUACAUAUUGUAAGUGGAGCUGCUGGAUCAGAUGAAGGUAAAGAUGCAUUUAUUAAAGAAGGAAAACCUUGGUCAGCAUUUCGAACAACUGAUUAUGGAUUUACUGUGAUCACUAUACAUAACGUUACACAUUUAAAAAUUGAACAAAUUUCAACGGAAAAUGAACGAAAAGGCAGUGUGAUUGAUUCGUUCGUGAUCAACAAAGAUCAACAUGGAGCAGGUUUAUACACCUGUCAUAAUAACACUUCAUUUGAUGAGUACAACCGUAUACAUUUUUAAUUGUUCAACUUAUCACAUGAUUCUAAACAAUCAGUAAAUUAUUUAAAUUGUCAAUUUAUAAAGCUACAUUUACUGAGGUGUUUUUUCUAUCUUUUUAUUUUGUCUACUUUAUAAUAUUUCAAAUUUUCCAAACAUUUUCAAUGGAAUUAAUUUAAGAUAAUGACAACUUUGAGGUAAGUGGCAUGUUCUUACCAAUAGAAUAAGGAAAAGAAUGAUUAAUGCAUAUUUUUCUAUCUGUUCUUCUUUCUUUGUUGGUUAAACAAUGUUUGCGUUGCAGAAUAAAAAUCGUAAAGCCUUUUUAUUCAAUUAAUCACACACAUGAACAAUAAAUUUAAUUUCAAAUUCAUUUGAUGAGCUUUUAUAUCGUAAAUUCAGAUACUUUUUGUUCUAUUUAUUACCUAAGUCAACAUGACAAAAUAUGUUAACUUUAUGUGCAUUGGAAUAAGUAAAUUUCCUGCUGAUUAUAAUAAAUGCUUUAUUAGGUUAAAUUCAGUGAAUCAAAUAGUAAAAAAAUCUAUUUCUAAAAUUU